AGCUUCUCUGUCAGAUAUGGUUCCUCAGUCAGAAUUCUGUUGACAGAGACAGUUGGAUAUGCAUGUAACUUAAUGUUCACUUUUUAGAAAAAAACAUCUUUUUAAAUGUUUAUUUAUUUUUGAGAGAGACAGAGCACUAACGGGGGAGGGGCAGAGAGAGCCAGAGACACAGGAUCCAAAGCAGGCUCCAAGCUGUCAGCACAGAGCCCGACGUGGGGCUCGAACUCACAAACCGUGAGAUCAGGACCUGAGCCAGACGCUUAACCAACUGAGCCACCCAGGCGUCCCCUUAGUGUUCACUUUUAACAUCGUACUGGUUCAUCUGUUAAGAAAUGUUCAAUUAUGCUGUAAGGCAAACACAACCUCCAAAUCCUAGCAGCCUAAAAAACAAAGGUUCGAUUCUUGCUGGGACCGCAUGUCAACUGAGCAUCGGCAAGGGCUCUGCCCAUCAUACGUGAUGGGGCAGCCACUGUCUUGGAUGUCAUCAGUACCUGUGCCUGAGGGGAAAGCAGCUCUGGGGAGGUCUCACCUCAGCUGGCUCUGGCCAGGAUGCAACUUUCAUUACUUCUGAUGGCCGGUCAUUGGCCAGCACGAGUCACAUGCUCCCACCCCUCAGAAGGUGGCCAAGAAGUGCAAUCCUAUAAGGCUCCCAGAAGGCAGACAGUCAGAAGGAUCUGGUGAACCGCUCUCAUGACUACCACAACUGGUAACUCUAAGUCUUUCCACUGAUACCAGUAAUGACCACAAGGUCAGAAAUUACUUGUAACGGGACUAAAAUUAUCCACACUUCUCAGCUGGUAGACAAUCAGUCAGUAUGUAUUUGGGCCUAAAGAUGCAUUGAUUUUUUUUUUUAAUGUUUAUUUAAUUUUGGGACGGGGACGGGAAAGAGAGAGAGAGCACAAGCGGGAGGGGCAGAGAGGGGGACAGAGGAUCUACAGCGGGCUCUGUGAGCUGGAUGCGAGGCUCGAACUCACGAAGCACGAGAUCAUGACCUGAGGCAAAGUGGGAUGCUCAACCUACUGAGCCACCCACUUGCCCCUGCAUUGAGUUUUUAAAACAUGGUCACACAUCCUUUCCAGCUGUAUUCUUCUCGUGAAAUAGAAUAAAAUAGAAUAGAGGAGGGAAACAGCAUUAAAUAAAUACCCAAAUCACUUUGCAGCCAAUGAGGUUUAUACUCACUGUCUCCACUUCCUCAUUCCCAUGCUUUUAUUCCCCUUUAAUUUGAGCUUUUGGGUUUUUUUUCAUCGAAGUUACACAUGCACAGGAUUAAGCACAGGAACCUAGCGUGUUUGCAGAAUGCUAGUUCACACUUCCUGGGCACCUUUCUUGUGACCAGAGUUCUUAUGUCCAUUGUCCAGGAACCCCUUUGCUUGCAUCAGUCCUGGGUGAGUGGUCAGAAGGCUGCAUGAUAGUCAUGGAAUCGUCUUCAAAGAAGGAGGCUCAUCUAAGAGUUCCUCCAGGCCAUUGAGGCCCGAGCUCACCCUUCGGCUAGGUGGUUGGGGCCCCUGGAUCAGAGAGUGUUACUCUCUGGUGCUUCCAGAUAAGGACUUUAGUCUUCUCUUUGGGCUUGUUUCAGACCAGCCUCAGUGAUAACAGUGGUAUCUUCUGUGCUCAUAAAUAUCAGUACCGUAUGGGGACCAUACCUAUCCGAUAGGGUUGCUGCGACGAUUAAAUAUAUUUAUACAUGUAAAGCAUUUAGCACAGUGCCUGGGACAUAGUAAGUGCUGUAUCAGCAAUUGCUAUUUUUACCACUACUCCAGCUACAGCUUUCUUUUGCCAGCACUUGAACAUGGAUUAGAUCACCAGGCUUGCUGGCUCUAUCCACUGCUGAAUUGGAACUGUCCAUUCUUUUGGGAUGACUCCUACAGCAUGUGAGUCGCAGCCAAUAUUUUGUUUCUAAAGUCUGAAAUGGCAACAAGGGGACGCGUUUCAAUACAGCCCCAUACACUGGCUUAGAUUGUUGGGGUAUAAUCCAAUGUGAGGUCUAAUUUAGCUCAUUUUGCAGCUCAUUAUUUCUUCCUUAUUUCUAAACCAGUGGCCCAGUCUUCAAUUUUGGAAUACAGUGUUGAGUUCACAUGGGCACUUGUUUAAAGAUGACAGCACAGAUCCACUAUUAAAGAAAUAUUUAUUGGCACUUUAACAAGUGAAUUGUUACAAACCCCUGCUAUUGAAAUGCCCUCAUUGACUUGGGGACUUGGUCUGGGGGAGCAGGAUGUCUCCAGGGGCCUUUUCAUCUCUACUGUGAACUCUAGGGACAUCUCUCCAAGCAGAGCUUACCCAGUGUCCUCUCUGCCUCAGUUCCUUCACCUCCUCUCUGACUCCCCCCAUAGCAGCCCCUUGGGAUUUUCAUUCCCCAGUCCCUCGCUUGACCCUGGAUUCUCCCUCAUGACCCUUCCAUAGGGUUUGGAUGGCCAAAUUCUUCACCCCAUUUGGAUUUGUCUGCCUGUCCAGAUUAUGCUUGUUUUCUGUGCCUACACUGGACACUAUUAUUUUGGGGCUUGAACCAUGACCCUUCUUUCAACCCUGACCCUUAUUUCCUCUCCGAUAAGUCUGCACCCUUCCAGAAGCUGGAUGUGGGUCCAGCCUUUUGUGCUCUGGCAGGGAUGCCUGGGUGACAGGAGCACUGAUCCACAGGACUCUGCCAGAAAGGUGGUGCCUCGUGUGGUCCCUGCGUGUUCUAGUGACCCGGGGAAUGCUACUCUAUGCUGUUGCAUGAUUCCACGGAGUGGAAGGGGAUGGACGUAAUGGCAGCCUUGGAUGGGACUGCAGGGAGUCCUUCCUGAGCAGCUCGGCUCCACAAUGCAGACCUUGUCUCCUUGUAUCAGAGGGUGAGCAAUCUGGGCUUUCUCUUGAUGUUCAGUUAUUCUCUGUUCUGGUUGACCUGGGCCCCACAGAUCUUCCCUUAUCACCCACCAUGUUUUCAGGACCCAUAAGAGAAGUUCUGGGUUCUUUCUCCUAUCAUCUCAACUGUGUGGCCAGCUGGAUACCUCGGCCAUGAAUUCACUUCUCCUCAGAUUGGUUAUGAACCUGUCAAGGUCUGGAAUAUAUCUAAUGCCAAAGACUACCUUCCAGAUGGCUCCUAUGUCAGAUUUUGUCCUGAUCGGCCAUUUUACCCUCUGAUGAUUAAUCUUUACCUGAACAGGAGUCAACAGCAUGUGUCAGCAUUCAAAACUCGGGUUGCUGAUAGAUUCUCCACUAUAAUGUGGUACCUUAUCUAAAUGUUCCUCUCUGCCUCUUUAUUUUCUCCCGGGUUCUAGGAAGGAGAUUGAAGCAUAGUUAUCAUCACCACUUCCUUUCUGUUGUGCUUUGUUACCCUCCCCCCCUGCCCUGAUUACAGACACACCCAUUCCCACGCUGAAGCAGUGGUUUCAAGAGACCUUUGAUCACCUGUUUGCAAUCGCCAAUUCUGCAGAAGCUGGAGAUGCUGGUGUUCAUCUGGUAUCUGGACAAUUUGAAUCAGUCAAAUGAAGACAAGGGCCUGUACCUCUUUGGCAUAAGUGUAUAGCCUUAUUCAUCUGUUCAUCUCUACAUUUCUUCAAAACAAUUUAUUCAGCAUUCACCUGUAUCAGUUGGCAGAUAUUUCAGAGCAUUCCUGCUGAAGAAGUGCCAUUCUGGGCUGAUGUGGUUCUGGGGUUUCGAAAGAUGACCAAGGCUGAACUGAAGAAAUUCCCCCAGCAUGUGUUUGGUCACGCCUUCACGACUCUGAAAUGUGAAAGCCCUGCCUACCUCCCAUGGUUGGAGAAGAGGUUAAAAGGCAGUGGGGUCCUGAUACUCACCCGACGAAUAGGAGACCUGUGGGAGCUUCAUCCAUCCUUCGACGUCGUGGUCAACUGCUCAGGCCUUGGAAGCAGACAGCUUGCACAAGACUCGGAGAUGUUCCCCGUGCGGGGCCAAGUGCUCAACGUUCGGGCUCCCUGGGUGAAGCAUUUUAUCCGAGAUGGGAGUGGGCUGACAUAUAUUUAUCCCGGCACAUCCAAUGUAAUCCUGGGUGGAACUAGGCAACAAGGAGACUGGAAUCUGUCCCCAGAUGCAGAAAUUAGCAGAGGUAUUUUUUCCCGGUGUUGUGCUCUUGAGCCCUCCCUCCAGGGAGCCUGCGACAUAAGGGAGAAGGUAGGCUUAAGGCCCUUCAGGCGUGCAGGUGUGCGGCUGCAGAUAGAGUUCCUCGCCCAGGACGGCCGGAGGCUGCCCGUGGUCCACCACUACGGCCACGGGAGCGGGGGCAUCUCCGUGCACUGGGGCACUGCUCUGGAGGCAGCCAGGCUGGUGAGUGAGUGUGUCCAAGCCCCCAGGACCCCCACUCCCAAGUCAAACCUGUAGGUGACAUGACAUGACGGCAAAUGGCCCCAGACACUAUGGAUCGAAACACAAUUUAAGCACCAGAAUGGAUUCCAAUAACUUUUCCACUGCAUGACAAGUUAAUGAGGUCUAUCUUUGUUUUCAAAAUUAGAAAUGAUGCAAUAUGAAUCAGUAGCCUGAGACUGGUACUCAUCUGUAGAACUAGACUCAAGUCUAGUGCUAAUGACAUAGAGCAUAAAGUUCUAUUUUUGUUAAAAACACUUGUUACAGAAUAAGAUUUCUCUCAGACCUGGCAUUCAAAGAUCUGUGCUAAUUUUCAUGGAUGCUGGAAGCUGUAGGGAUGUUGAAGUUUUGGGGGCUAAUAAAUCCCCAGGAAGAGACAAUGUACGGAAAACACCUAACUCACUGUUGCAAAGCCGCCCAUGAUGUUUGUAGGUUGCACUCAAGUGAGCAUUAUAAUCCCUCUAAAUAAAACACAUAGUGAUCGUG